AUGUUCCGGGUCUCUCAGCGGUCUGUCUCAGACCGUGUCCGUGAACAUGUCUGCGUCUCCUGUUUUGCGCAAGGCCUUCGCAGUCGCAACCAUGCCCUCCGCCCCUUCCACAGUACCGCUGUAUCGCGGGCCGCGGGCUUCACGGACAAGAAUAUCUUAAAUUCUGACAAGGAAUCCAAGAACAAACGUGGCAUCCACCACAAAGAUCAAAACGCUACACAUCGUAAAACUAGGCAGGGGGUACCUCGCCGAAAGUCGACACCUAUCGAAAUUCGAAAGGUAGUCGAUAAAAAGAGCGACUUUAUGACUACGCACUCCUUGGCGCUCAACAAAGCUAGUGCCCGGGAAUCAGAGAAGGAAACUCCUCACUCGGUAUUUACGAAAUAUCUAGGUCCCAAGGAGGGUGGCACAAUCAAUUCCAAAGAUCUCACUCUUCAGCGUACGUUUUCCCUAGAUUUCCUCCCCUCUCCUGUCGACAUCUUCGUUAAUUUCUCCUUAGCCUUGGAUGUUGAGACGUCGCCGGUGCCACGGUUGUCCUAUGGUCUGGAAAGAGUCCUGUUCAACCCCGGCGUCUACACUCUUCGUGACCCCCGGUCUCGCGUCUAUAACUUUGAUCCUUAUCUGGGUUCGAUCAUGCCCGUCACCGAAUUCGAUUUCACUGCCUUAAAGGACUACAUCACAUCCUCCAAGGACCAUACCUUGCGAAACAUAGCCCUAAAGAAACAAAAGAAAUACGUAGGUUCUUCGUCAAGCAUGACGUCUGCGCUCUCACACUUCCAUUAUUUACUCUCGGCCUGGAGGCCAAUCGACAUUGGCACUAUGUCCCAGUCCUUCCCGGAAAAGUUGCGGAACUUUACACGACUGCUGCGCGCCCCUUCGGCCAUGUUCCUGAGAUAUCAGGAUGGUGUGUACGCCGUCGAUGCGGAUAAGGAGUUCGACUCGGCCAACAUCCUGAUGAAUUUGGGAAAAUCAAUGGAGAAGCUCCUCACGCUACCCAAGGAAGACUUUGAACGCUACCGACGAUCCAGUGCGAACAAGAUCUCUGCAGAGGAGGAGCAAGCUAUACCGGAGUCGUACCAUUAUUCUACCCUAGGUGACUUCGUCAUGCGGUCCCAGCUGGACGCUUACGACCCAAGGCUCCCAGGAACCGGAAUGUUUGAUCUCAAAACUCGCGCCGUCGUGUCCAUUCGAAUGGAUGCACAGAACUUCGAAGACGGCGUUGGAUACGAGAUCCGAGACAGACACGGCGGAUUCGAAUCGUACGAGCGGGAAUUUUACGACAUGAUCCGCGCAGCCUUCCUCAAAUACUCCCUCCAAGUUCGUAUCGGUCGCAUGGACGGUAUCUUCGUGGCGUUUCACAACAUCCAGCGUAUCUUUGGAUUCCAGUAUGUGAGCUUGAAUGAGAUGGAUUCCACCCUACAUGGCCAAAAGCACGCGUGCUUGGGUGACCAAGAAUUCCGACUGAGUGUCGCCUUGUGGAAUAAGGUCCUCGACAAGGUCACGGCCAAGUAUCCCAAGCAAUCUGUCCGCCUCCACUUCGAGACCCGCGACUCCAAAGUAAGCGAAUCAUUCAUGUAUAUCUUCGCCGAGCCCGUGACCGAUGAAGAAAUCCACGCCAUUCAGACGAAGAACCAGGAGGAGAUCGAUGCCUAUCAGCGACGUAUCUUGAACCUUGCCCCCCACGAGGACGACGCGGAGCAGCUAUCGGACGCCAUCAGGAGUGAAGAGCAAGAGCAAGAUCAAGAAAGCGAACUGGCGAACGAAUCAUCGGAGCCCACGGACGAUGAGUUGACCGCCGCCGACCAGGACCAGGACCAGGACCAGGAGUUCGCCGAGGCGUUCGCUGAGGCCCAGGAGUCCGCUGAGGACCCCGAGAACCGGAAGGAGCUGCUCGGGUUGCAACUCAUCAUCCGCAACAAGGUCAAUGGCCAAUUCGUGACCCGACCCGAACGCCUGAAACCGAAGGAUGAAUGGACCGUCGAGUACGGCCUCAACGACAUGGAGGACAAUACUGCCCGCCUCAACUACAAAGCGUGUCAGAUCCGACGCGCCAAGGCUAUCGACAACAAGUCAGACUCUAGAGAUCCCUUCAACAAGACCUAUCUUGCACAACUGCGAAAAUAUACCUUGAAGGGCCGAGCGUUCCGGAAUCAUGAAAAUGUGAAAGACAAGGACGAGGGCAUUGUUGUCCUUGACGACACCAAAUAA